CUACAGAAUGUGACCUUUUUUAUUUUGAUUAAUUUUAAUAUUAUUAAUUAAUAAUUAUUAUAAAUUUAUGAUUUUAUUAUAUAAAUAUUACUAUUUACUACUUUUAUAAUUUCCGUGUGUUUCCGUGAACAAUAUAGUUAAAAUGAAUAAUUCAGAUAAUAAACGGAAACGAGUUAUUUGGUCAGAAAAUGAAAUCAAAGACAUGCUGGCUAUUUUCAGUGAAAAAAAUAUUUUAACCGCAUUAGAUGGGAAGCGUUUUAGAAAUAAACAGAUUAUGGACACAAUUGAGUCGGAUAUGCGUGCUAAAGGCUACCAAAAAACAUCUUCACAAAUCCGUACUAAGUGGAAAUCACUAAAACAUGAAUAUAAAUCUAAAGAGUCAAAUAAUUCAAAAAGUGGAAGAGGUAGAAAACAAUGUGAUUGGGAUGAUGAUUGGAUGAUCUAUUGAAAACACGUCCAGCGAUUAAACCAUUAUCAUAUGGUAUUGAUUCAACUAUCACUUGUACAACAGCUGACGAUGAGAAUUGUAUUAUGAAUGAUACAAACAUGGAAAGUUGGGUUGUUGAAGAAAACAUAAGUGAAGGAGAUAUUGAUAAUUUUAUUGAAACAUUAUCAAAUCAAGAAGAAAAAAUUGAAGUUCGGCCUAAAAAAAGUUGUGCUAAACAAACAAGUCUUGCUAAAACUCUAGAGGAAUUUACUAAUAAGUGGGAAGACAUUCAAAUUAAAAUGAACAGGGAAUUACUGCAGAACCAGAAAGAAAUUAUGGAGAUAGAAUUCCAAAAACAGAGAAAAUGGGAAGAAGAGAUGAUGAAAAAAGAAGAAGAGAUUUCAAGAGAAGAAAGAAAGGAAAAUCAAGAUCAAUUCAAGUUAUUGAUUAGCGCCUUAAACAAUACAUCAAAAUGAAAUAUUAAUUAAAUUUUUUUUUUACGUUAAAGUCUGAUAUAUUGUUAAUUUAAAUAUUUAAUAUCAUACGUCUGUUACUAAUACAUAACCUGUUUUUUUUUUAUCUGUAUGGAUAUC